GUAUUCUCCUCGGACGCAGCGGUGGAAGCGUUGCUGAGAGCCCAUUGGCUAUCGAGCGGCCAAUGGCGUGGGUCUUGAUUGCUUAAACACUUCCAUGGAGGAAUAUUCCGGUUCGCUGCGCACGGCUGUAGUUUUCCUGAAGUGUUUCCCUAAUGUCAGAAUGACAGCUAUCAAAAUGGCGGAGGGCAGUAGAGAAAAGUGAUGAGGACGGGGCAACAAAUGAGACAACUAUCCUCAAUUUAUUAUAUUAUUCUCAUUGUUCAUCGGAUAUUCUCGAAAUCAUUUAAGGUUUGGUGAGACUUGUGCAGAGCCUAGUUUGUUCUUCUGUUGAAGAUUUAGCUAGCUGACGUUAGCUAGUUUGCUAUCUGCGGAAGAGGCACAACUUCCAAGACAUUGCAGCUAAAAAAAAUUAAAAAGCAAUGUUUUUGAGCUGAUUUCGUGAUAGUUGGGGACUUUGUGUAAAUCAGGCAUUAUAAUUCCAAUAACGCAAGGUAUCAUUCGCUGGACAUAAACAGCUUUGCACUCUCCUCCGAUUUGGGCUAGCUACAGUAACUAAUUUAGCUAGCAAACAAAGUGGCGUCAACUGACUACGAAUUCAGCUGAUUGUUUAUUUUAUGACGACAUGGCUCGUUCCCCGGUUCAGAGUGGCAUUCCAGGGAUGCAGAACUUUAAAGCCGAUCCGGAGGAGCUGUUCACCAAGCUGGAGAGGAUAGGGAAAGGCUCUUUUGGAGAGGUGUUCAAAGGCGUUGACAAUCGGACUCAGAAAGUAGUGGCCAUUAAGAUAAUUGAUCUCGAGGAGGCUGAGGAUGAAAUCGAAGACAUCCAACAGGAAAUUACAGUCCUCAGCCAGUGUGACAGUCCCUUCGUUACCAGGUAUUAUGGAUCAUAUUUGAAGGAUGCCAAGUUAUGGAUUAUUAUGGAAUAUUUAGGAGGAGGAUCAGCUCUGGAUUUAUUGGAGCCCGGUGCCUUGGACGAAACCCAGAUUGCCACUAUUCUCAGAGAGAUCCUGAGGGGACUUGAGUACCUGCACUCUGAAAAGAAAAUUCACCGAGAUAUUAAAGCCGCUAACGUGUUGUUAUCGGAGCAAGGAGACGUGAAGCUGGCAGACUUUGGAGUGGCGGGGCAGUUAACGGACACCCAGAUAAAGAGGAACACGUUCGUGGGCACUCCGUUCUGGAUGGCACCUGAAGUCAUAAAACAGUCUGCGUACGACUCAAAGGCGGAUAUAUGGUCGCUAGGUAUAACAGCCAUAGAGCUAGCCAAAGGAGAGCCGCCCUACUCGGAGCUUCACCCUAUGAAGGUCUUAUUCGUCAUCCCAAAGAACAACCCGCCCACCCUGGAAGGAAACUACUGCAAACCCCUCAAAGAAUUCAUAGAAGCCUGUUUGAACAAAGAGCCCAGCUUUAGGCCAACUGCCAAAGAGCUGCUGAAACACAAGCUGAUCAUCCGGCACGCCAAGAAGACGUCCUACCUUUCAGAGCUGGUGGAGAAGUACAAGAAGUGGAAAGCAGAGCAGUCUCGGGAGGACUCCAGCGACGACGAGUCGGACUUUGAGCAGGAUGGCCAGGCGUCUGGAGUGAACGACUCUGGGAACGAUGACUGGAUCUUCAACACCAUCAGGGAGAAGGACCCCAAGAAGUUCCUGAAUGGUGCCGCCCAGUUUGAUGAGCAGGAGAGGAACAAGGUGCAAGACGAUCCAAAAAGGCCACUGUCACAGAGCUGGUGCACUAUCAUUUCACCUUUGUUUGCUGAGUUAAAAGAGAACCAGGUUGAGGCAACCAAUGGCAAGCCAGAGGCUGUGGACGAGCUGAGGGAGGCCGUUUUCAUGUCAGAGGAGUCCUAUCCUGGUAUCUCUGACGCCCUGGUGUCUGAACUAGUGCACAGACUACAGAGGUUUUCUCUACCCAGGGCCUCAUCCUCCCAGUGACAGCAGUCCGUCAGUCCAUGGCCUCUGACAUCAACAGGCAAGAUGAAGUCUCCCAGGAAGUUCUCCAUCACUCAUUCAUUCACCUAAAGCAAAGCCCUCAGCCCACUGUUUUUUUUCUCUACUUAAGGUAUAUUGUCACUUUGCGGCCAGUCACUGGCCUGUUGGUCAGCUGCAACUUUGACUGACAACUGCUGUAAGACUUUUUGGGCUCAAUACCUCCGAUAUGAACGCAGGACCGUUGAUUCAAACAUUUUGGUGUGGCUUAUUCCUAAAAGGUCCUGAAGCCUUUCAGGAGGAUCUAACUUCUGUGUGUGUGUGUGUGCAUGCAUGUGAGCGUCUCCUUUGAGAUCCUGUGAAAUGUGCAGUGGAGAUUGAAGCAUUCUUCUCAAAACUCAGGUAUCCUGCUUUUAAGUGGAUGGGGGUCCUCUGGGAGAAUUAAGAGAUCUGUUGGGUGGCUGUACAAACUUGUAAAUAGGCACAUUUUUACAAAUAUUGACAAAUAAUGCAGUGUACACAAAGGAAUCUCUGUGUACAAGUGGCCAAAUGCUUCUGUACAUAUAUUCUGUUAGAAAGGGUCAAUGUUUAAAGAGACAUGUAAAUGGUCAUAACUCAGAUUGCUUUGCCUUUAUUACUUGUUCUUUUGUAUUUCAGUCUUGGAUUCCCUCUUGUUUUAAAUACAUUAUCUUGGAUUCCCACUUGUUUUAAUACAUUAUCUUGGAUUCCCUCUUGUUUAAAUACAUU